AUGACUGAGCCAAAGAAGAAGAGGAUAAAAAAGAAAUCUAAUACCGUUCGAGCAAGAGCUUUCACUGGAUGUUGGGCCUGUAGAUUGAAAAAGCGUAAAUGCGAUGAAGUGAAGCCAGUUUGUUCGUUGUGUUCGAAACAUAACGAUCCAUGUUCAUAUGAUAUUCGAUUGAUGUGGUUAGAUAAUAAUUUAUUCAAGACUAAUCAUAAAACUGGAGCUUUUGAGUGUUUUAGUCUGGAGAAAGGCACUGAAAAGGAGAAAAGCAUAUCAAAAAAAAAGUUUAUGGAACUACUAGAAUUCGGUACUGACUAUACUAACGACAACGAUUUUGAAAGUUUCACUAUUAGCGCAAGAAGAUUCAAAACUUAUAAUAAUAUGGUAUCAUCUGUAUAUUAUGAUGACAGAACGAAAAAAUUUAAUUAUGACCAAAAAUAUGUCGAUUGGAAACUGUCGUUACUGCUGGAUGAAUUAGAAGAAUCAGUUAAGCUAACUAGUAGUCAAUAUGACAUAAAAAAAGGACCUUUUCUUGUUUUUCCUUGUUCCGCAUUUAUUAUAAAUGGGGAAGAUUAUUUACCUCUCGUACCAAUGAUCAAACAUGAAAACACUCUUACUCCCAUGAUUUCUAAAAUAGAACGCUUACCGUUAUCUCAUGAUUACCAUAUAAUUAAGGAUCAACAGGACCGAAUAUCAAACUUGGUGGAUGAAAAAGUUUUUGGCAUCAUAUGGUUGAAACGUCAUAGCCAUUCGUUGUUAAGCAGAGACGAUUUCAUGUCAUGGUACCUUAGCUAUUUGAAGAGAACAAUAACAGCCUCAUUUGCACUUUUGAUAGAACAGAUGAUAGAUAAUACAGAUACCAAUACUCCAUCUUAUUGGAUUGCACUGAUAUUGGAUAACCAAUUUAAUUUUAAUAUAGACUGCCAAAGUGUUGGCGUGACUCUCACCAUGCUUCUUUAUGACAACCAGGAUAUAUCACAGUUAUUGACGCCGCAACUCGUGUUUUGGUAUCUGCAAUUGAACUCGUUGAAUUUUUCAAUAUAUCCAAUUAUACAAUUUCUCAUAGAAAACUCUGACUCAAUCGAGUUAUUAAUCCAUUGCUAUACUUUACUGAAUUAUAGUGUCCCGAACUUAGAAUUUUUCGAUCAGGAAAAGAUUACGAUACAAUUGAAGGUAUUGGUCACUAACAAAUUGGUAGGAAUAUGGAAAUCUAAACUCAUUCAAUUAACAUAUUUAAAUCAAGAUACCACUAGCAUUAUCAAUCAACUACAAUUUUGGGAAACGCAGCAUUCAUACAAUUUACAAUUCUAUGACCAUUUAUGCAUAAUCAAUGACACAUGA